UGAGAGGUGAUGUCACGAGCGCUGCCCGUGUACGUUCCAGCUGACUCUUGCUACGAUACCGAGCGCUCGCUUUACCGAGUGCCCGGAGAAAGGAAAGAAAGAGAGGGAAGUGAGAGAGGUUAGCUACAGAAAUAACGAGAGAGAAGAACAACAAGAGGGAAGAGGAAUAAAAACAGCCAUUAGUCGUAACCGCGAUAUCUCACGUUUAUAAUAUUUUGACCGAGAACCGUUCAUUUGCAUACAUUUGUUUUCAAUCAGAGUUAGUUAUCGAUACGAAGUUUACGAAUUGUCGAUUCGAUUCAGUCCGGGGUUAUUGUUUACACACAGUUUCCUGCAGACUGUGCACAGUUUUAUCUCUGCCUCUAUGGACGCCCGUCUCAUUCAACUCAUUCGGUUUUUCGGGGAAUAUUUUUGUCCUGGACGAGAAGAACACCAGAUAAGCGCGAUGACACGCGUCAACAAAUAAGCUGCGAUCCCACGGAAGAUCAAAGCGAGACGACGAACGAUUAUCGCAUUUUUUUUUUUAAAACAGGGAGCCAGAGGAUGAACAACAACUCAAGCGUUUCCACUACAAUUCACUUCAGUUUCCCAAUGGGAACGGAUUAGGAGAAGCGCUCGAAGGAGAAUUUUAAAUGCUCGGAAACCUCCACAAACAUCCCGAUCCAGGGUGCAAAACUGCCAAACUCAAUUUUUAGUACAUUUUUUAUUCAGACAAUCAUACCAGGUCAACUGUCUAGUAAAGUUAUUUGAACGUUAACUGGUUCAACCUGGAUACACUUAGGAAUGUCCAGGCCAAUUUCUCAGAUAUUGCCACCCGAUCUUCCAGCAGGGACCAGUCCACAGCUCGGACCAUCUAACCCUGCAGGUACCACCACCAAUAGCCACCUGAAUAACUCUAUGGCGAGCCUAAAAUCUCUUCUUCAGCUGCCUAUUAAAGGGGACCAGAGAGGAAAAGACUGCUGUGAGAUGAAAGAUAAAGAAAAACCUUUGGACUCUGAUGAGGAUUCAUUGGGCGCAGCCGGGGGCAUGAACGGCAGCAGCGGCUCCGUGCGCUCCACCAAUCAGUCCACCUUCCUCGGACCGUUGCUUUGGGAGCGCUCGUUGCCGUGCGACGGCGGCCUGUUCCAGCUCCAAUACAUGGACCUGGAGGAGUUUUUGACGGAGAAUGGAAUGGGUUGCAUGCCAUCGGGAAACACUUGCAGUACGGCCGCCCAGGUGCCUUCCCAGAGCACCCAGUCGGCCGUUCCUAGCCAGAGCUCACAGUGCCCUCCCUCUUCCUCUCCGCCCUGCUCUUCCUCCGCUUCAUCCAUCUCAUCCCUCUCUUCUUCAUCCUCGUCAUCUUCGCUGCUGGGACUGGAUGUACCGCAGGCCCCUGGACUGCUGGGAGGUCCCGAGUGUCUUCACGGAGCUCAAACUGCACCGUCUGACCCCUCUCCAAGCCCCUCCUGCCCACCUCCGCCAGUAGCCCCGCCCACCAACGCGGCCGAUGUCAUGGUGAACUUCGAUCCUGAUCCCGCUGACCUCGCGUUGUCCAGCGUGCCAGGCCAGGAGGCGUUUGAUCCACGAAGGCAUCGCUUUUCAGACGAAGAGCUGAAGCCUCAGCCCAUGAUUAAGAAGGCUCGCAAAAUGCUUGUGCCAGAUGAGCAGAAGGAUGACAAGUACUGGAGUCGGCGGUAUAAGAACAACGAAGCGGCGAAACGUUCCCGCGACGCCCGCCGACUGAAGGAGAACCAGAUUUCCGUCCGAGCGGCAUUCUUAGAACGGGAAAACGCCGCUCUUCGGCAGGAAGUCGCCGACAUGCGAAAAGAGCUGGGCCGCUGUCGCAACAUCAUCAACAAAUAUGAGAGCCGUCACGGAGACUUAUGAAAAGGAGACGAGAAGAGCGGAAAUAAGAAAGAGACAUUAAUAAUGAUAUUGAAAUAGUGUUUCAAGGGCUGUUCUGGAAUGGCAUUUUCCUCUAGCGUUUGCUUCAAAUAAGCACUACGAUACUCUAUUCACAAAUUGACAUUUCUUCGUAAGCGCAGGGAUCGGUUAAAUUAGGUGAUGUGGUGCUUGAUUGAAACAGCUACUAUAAAAAGGAUGUCCACAAGGUCUACCUGUACUACGCAAGCACAAGUGGUCGAAUCGGUUACGAUCGCACCAUCCGAUCUCUCACGAAUCAUAAAAGCGUAUCAUUUAUGAUGUCAUGUAGCCCUUGUGAACAUCCUCCUCCCACGUGGGAUGAUUUUCUCAGAGAGAGAGUUCUAAAGGAGGUGGUGGAGAUGUAAUUUUUUCUAUGAUAAAAACAUUGUAUAUUUUUGAACUGUUAAGGUCAGCUAUACAGCUAUAAUAGAGUAGGAGAACGGGUGGAAGUCAUGUGGGCGACGACUAAGAGCUCUGAAGAGAUUUUGACAUAGGAAAACUGUAUAUUUUUAUACUUGCAGAGGCAGAGAGGUGACGAGAUUUGGGAAAUAAUCUUUUUUGUAUAUUUUAUAUAUGGGUGGGGGUGCGGGAAGCCGGACUGAAGUAUGAUUUCAGGAUCGCUAUCAUACAGUGAUAUAUUUUUACCAUCGGGAGCAGUUAGGCAGGUCAGGGCGAAGCAGAUUUAAAGGGAAGAAUGUCAAUAAGGAUAAAGAAACAUCAAAGAGCUCAUAGGUGAACUGGGAUUGAGAAAAUGGCACAUGAAAGCUGUAUAGUUUGAAAUUUUUCAUCAUGGAUUUGUUCAAGCACUCUUUUUGCUAUCUUCUCUUUAAUUCCUUUUCUUAAAAUUUAGUAUGUGUGUGUGUCUGUUUUAUCCUGCGGUGAGAGAGGGGAGAGAGAGACUAAGAAAGAGAGAGAAUCUGAAAUCUUUUAAAUAAAUAUAUAUAUUUAAUAUAUACGCAAUCCUCUUCGAAUAGACAACGGGCCAAUUUCAUGGCCAGUCCAUCAAUAGUCCUUCUCUCCAUUUCUGCAUCUCUGUCUCUCCUUGAGCUUUUGACGUUGUGAAAUGCAUUGGUGCUGGUGUGGCGUAUCUCACCCAGGUUGAGUUCGCAGCGAGUGGGUUGCAUGCCGGCGCAUGCUUAUGUAUUUUUCGGCGCGGGAAAACACACUUGACGACUGUCGUUUUAUAUGGUGCUCACCCAGUCUCUUGACCCAAAUGCACAUAACAUAAGAGUUUUAACCUGUUUGCCUAUAACCUUUCUUUAGUUCCUUUCUUAUCGUUCAUUGUAUGAGGAAUGACAAGUUCCACAAAAUGAACCUCACAUCCCCCAAAAAGACAUGCACCUUUAUACUACUGUACCAUACAAAGUACAAUAUUAAACAAUUCUCUCACUAGAUAUAUGUGUGUACAUGAGUAUAUGCUUGAAUAUGUGACUAUAGAUGUAAUUUGCAUAACUUGAAUAUAUAAAUGUAGUAUCUUUCCGAUAAAAGAGACAAAGCAGAUCUGAUUUCGAUCAGUUUUCUCAGGUGUCUGGGAGGACUACGAAAACGUGCCACGCUUAUCGGCCAAACUGUGGAUUUUUACUUCUCGUCCACAUUUUUGGAGGUGGCUGUAUAGUUCCAGAGAAUUCCACGGAAAUGAAUAGUGCACUACCAAAAUAUUUUUGGAAGAUGAUUCUGUUUAAAAAAAAUCAAAAGGAAAAAACAGUGCUGGUUAUAACUUUAUUACUUUACACAUACAGUAAGAAUUAAUGUCAUUUUUAACCUGGUUGCUCUGUUAUUAUAAUUGCUUGAAUUAUCAUUGUUGUUGAUUUAUAUUUUAGCAUUUUCUUGCAACUUUUUCAAUGUAUCACUCUUUUACCUUCCUCGUAACUGCAAGACCAUCUUUUUGAGCCCGUUCACUGUUGGAAACAUCCACCAAGACUGUGCUUGUGUGUAUGAAUUUGAUAUAUAACCUGAAACAACCAAUAGUUGACUGACUGUUCCUUUCUCUUGACUGAACUUCUACCACCUUUGACUGGGCACUUCUUUUAAGGCCGUUUCAAAGCGGUACACGCUUUUGUUAUCUUCUGAACUGUUUAAAUGAAGCGUACGGCAAGGUUUAAACCUUAAAGAGCUUACAACUUUUGACAGUGCUAUUUUUCUAUGUAACUGUGUUCACAUACUCAUUCAUGGGCAUUGGCGGUACGUCGUCGCAUUGGCGUGCCGCUAAAUGUUAUUGCGGGUAUUGUAUUUGUCAUUUUAUCCCUUUUCACAUGUUGAUUAUGAACUGCCCCUGUUUGUGACUGUUAUGAACUACAACUCCCAUGAGUGCACCGCAACCAAACGUCACUUGGUAAUGUCUACUGUUCCUGCCUAUAGGGAUGCUGGGAGAUGUGGUCUGGCUUUUUUCCCUGAAUCACCAAUAAAUAAUUACCCCAUUCACUGACAAAGAA